GUACAUCCAUUCGCUGUUAACCACAUACUUUUUACGACCACGAGGGUAAAAUUCCUCCUGCCUGUACUUUUCACAUUGGAUACCACUAUCCCACUACCACUCUCGCCUGUCCUUUCACAUCUACAUCCAUUGGAUCCAUUGUUCUUACUCGAUUGAAUGAAGUCAAAAAUCUUAUUAGACUGUCAAUUGUCCAAGUUCCCUUCUCCAUCUUUGUCGUGUGUGUUAUGGAGCAAAGCGGGCCCGCAUCAGCACUACCCUAGCACCUUCGUAUCUUAGCGUGCUGGCUUCCUUGAGGAUUCCUUAUAUGUAUGAGGACUUCAUAUGAUGCAGCCGCUCAUCGCUGCCAUGCAUAGAUUACGACAGGCUUUCUAUGCCGCCUUUAUCAAAUCUUUUCUGAAAACUAAAUCUAUCUUUGAGAUCAUUAUCAAGUUUUGGAUUGCGCCUUCAACUUUUCCCAAAGUCAAGGACGAAAAUGUCGACGUCAAAGACAUCUCCAUUGCAAAAGUCAAGAAGUUUUUAGAUGAGGUUGAAGCUGCCUUUAGAGAUUCUACGAAGGAGGCCUCCUUAUUGGCGUUUUCGGAAGGGUUGAGAAAAGAAUUUGCUGAGAGCUUAUUAGAAAAUCCACAAUGCAUGUUGCCUUCAUACAAUCAUCAACUUCCUAGCGGUCAUGAAUGUGGAACGUACUUAGCCCUAGAUGUUGGGGGUUCGACUUUCCGGGUAGCCUUGAUUAAACUCGCGGGAAAAGAGUGCAAGGGGAAGGAGAUUGAGAUUGUUGAAUUAAAGUCUUUCAAGAUCAAAAAUGUGGAAAGGCAGCUGGUUGGUGUAGAAUUCUUCGAUUGGAUGGCAGACCGAAUUCUGGACACUCUUUCUGGGGAGAAGGAAGGACACAAGAUUUCGCAGACACCCUUAUCUGUGGGACUGUCCUGGUCCUUUCCUAUUGAGUAUGAUCACCAGGAUAUUCAUCAAAUUCAAAGUCAGCUGAUAGUAGUUUCACAGUCAAACAUCACUCAAGGGCGGUCUUCUUAUGGGCAUGGGAAAAGGCUUUUGUGCUGCUGAUGGGCUGAUCGGUAAAGAUCUGGGUGGCCUUAUCGAGGAUUCCUGCUUAAAAAAAGGCCUUAACGUUCAGCUGAACGCCAUUGUGAACGAUUCUUCGGCAACAUUACUCUCCAAAUCAUAUAUAGACCCUACCACUCGUUUCGCACUAAUAUUAGGAACUGGGUUGAACGCUGCAGCCCAUCUUCCCGUCCACAUCUUUUCACAACCCAAAUUUGGCAUUCGACCUGCAUCCUGGCAUGAUUGCGCUGAGCAUGUUAUUGUCAACACAGAACUGUCGAUGUUCGGUGGUAAGUUUCUUCCAUACACGAAAUGGGAUAAACAAUUGAGAGAAAGCCAUCCUCUACCAGAGUUUCAGCCAUUCGAACAUUUUGCGAGUGGCGGAUAUAUUGGCGAGAUCGUGCGUUUGAUAUUGAUUGAUGGGAUUCAGAGCGCAGGACUAUUUGGGGGAGUAGUGCCAGCAAAUUUGAGGGAGAAGUACUCAUUAGAGACCGAAACUCUCUCAUAUAUUGAAAAGUAAGUCAUUUUUCAUCAAUAGCCUCCUAACGAAGCUUCCGUCAGCUUCAUUCUCCGAAAUUAGUUGCUAAUAAGGUUGACACCACAUUAGCGAUAGAACUCCCCAACUUGCUACCGCUAUUGAAGUGUUCAGCAGACGUCACCCCUCCCCUCAUAUCCCCACCGUAGCCGAUUUACGAGCUCUACGAUUGAUAGCUUCCCGCGUAACUCUACGCUCUAGCGGCCUCAUCGCUGCUGGCGUCCACUCCCUCUGGCACAUGCGCAAUGCCUCCGAAUCAAUCUCACCCUCAGAUUCUGCCCACACGGUCAUUGCCUAUAAUGGAUCUGUGUUGGAAAAUUAUCCUGAAUUUCGUAGCAAUACGCAAAAACACAUCGAUAUGUUGAUCGAAGCAAGUGGUGCAAAAAGCGGUACCGUGGAGUUGGUUUAUGCGGAAGAAAGCUCGCUGUUGGGAGCGGCCGUCGCGGUCGCUUGCUGCGAUGCUUGAGUUACAGAAGCAAGGCGUGCGGUGUCAUCUAGCAUAGCUUCCCAUCGCUACUGAUAUCAUAACAUGAAUAUAGGCACGGCAUAUGGGAUGGUUUUUGUUGUUAAGAGGGAUGUUAGGUAUUGCAUGGUUUGGAAACAUCUUUGUAAAGCAUUAUUUUGGAGUUUUGGGGCUCAUAUAGUUCAUCACAUCUGUAUUAUCCGUAGUUAACUUGGAAAAUUAUCAUAGUUGAUUCGACUUUCAUGUCAUCAAACUAAAUUUAAAUAAACAAUGAUAUUUUAUCCUACGGUUGUUCAUGUAUGAUCCGAAAAGCGUGACUUCGCGUAUU